AUGUAUCUUUUGAAGGACUGCUACUUCUAUGGAACCCACAAAGCAACCGCAAAGUUCAGGAUCCUUCAGCAGCAGGUUAAAAGAGCAUUAAAUAAUGCUCCUCAGCCAGGCCCAUUCACAUACAUUGUCCAAUGCAUGUACAUUAUACCUUUGUUGGGCCAAAGUCAUGCUGAAGGGUUCAGCCAUAUGUUGAUAUCUUCUCUAAGGCAUUUGAAAUCCGUGGAGUCAGUACAGAAGGAUUUUAUUGAUGCAAAGUGUCUUGCUGCACGGCUUGUUCUUGAUAUCCUUGCUUCUGUUGUACCCCAUGAAGAACGCAUACUGGUAAAGCUCCUUGAGACAUUCGAUAUUGAGUUGAAAGAUAUGGCCCAUGCUUUCCGUGGUUCAGAGUUGGGUGAUGAAGAUCUAGCGGCAGCAAGAGAACAUCUUAAACAGCAUGUGCAGUACUUUAUGAAAUCAGAAUCAUAUGUGACUGCUGUGGCCCUGAUGACACGCUUUUCCAUCCAAUGCUGUGAUGAGUCAUUUCUCAUGAAACUGAUUGGAAGUAAGCAAUACAAGGCAGCAGAGGAGUGGGCAGCUUUCAUGGGGAAAGAAAUGAUAAUUUUGAUAAUUCAAAAGUAUCUAGAUGUUAAAAUGCUAAAGAGCGCGAAUGAGCUGGUAAAACAAUAUGACCUUGCAGAAGAGUUUCCGGAUGUUAAUUAUUUGUAUAAAGAGAGUUUGCUAAAGAAGCUGGCAGAGAAAGGGUGCUGGGAUGUUGCAGAAGUCCGUGCCAAGAAGGAUACAAAGCUGAUGGAAUACCUGGUAUAUCUUGCUAUGGAAGCUGGCUAUAUGGAGAAGGUUGACGAGCUUUGCGAACGAUACUCUCUUGAAGGUUAUGUCAAUUCUUUGGUUCCAGAAGAAGUCAUGUGUCAGUCUGACUACUUAGAGCUGAAGAAAUUGAUUUUAGAAGAGAUUGUCUGGGUUGAUGAGAUCAACGGAUUACUUAGUGCAACAACUUAUAUUGAAGCUUGUAAAAUUAUCGGUGUGGAUUGCGAAUGGAAACCUAAUUACGAGAAAGGCAGCAGACGUAAUAAGGUUGCUAUCAUCCAAAUUGCGUCAGAUAAGAAAGCUUUCAUCUUUGAUCUGAUUAAGCUGUAUGAAGAUGAUCCUAAAGCAUUGGACUGCUGCUUCAGGCGAAUCAUGUGUUCAUCUAACAUAUUAAAGCUGGGCUAUAACCUGCAAUGCGAUCUGCAUCAGCUGUCACAGUCGUAUGGAGAAUUGUUAUGUUUCCAGUCCUAUGAAAUGCUACUUGAUAUCCAGAAGCUGUUCAAAGAGACUACUGGUGGUCUCUCUGGAUUGUCAAAGAAAAUAUUAGGAGCUGGUUUGAACAAGACACGGCGGAAUAGCGACUGGGAGCAGCGACCUCUCAGCCAGAAUCAGAAAGAGUAUGCCGCUCUUGAUGCCGCGGUCCUUGUUCAUAUAUUCCAUCAUGUCAGGGGGCAACCUCAGUUUGGUGUAAACGAGGGACGCCAGGUGGAAUGGAAGUCCGUGCACGUAGUCCCUUGCGGUUCUAAAACUACCAGGGAUGCGCAAGGCAAUUAUUGGGAACGGAGUUCCUCUUGA